CCACCAUCCUGCCACAAAGCUACCCUCCCCACCGAUCAAUUAUCGUCAAUGGGUGGCAAAAUCAUCACUGUUUCGUAAUUCCUCACUUUUAUCGCAGUAGCACGGGAUAUUUUGUGGAAACUGGCCGAUGUUUUUAGAAGGGGGGUGUAUUUCUACCGACCGGAGCUGACGUUGUAAACAAAGGGGGACCUACAGUGAUCUAGGGACCUGCCGAGAAAAAUCCGGGAAAAUGCCUAAAGGUGUCCCAAGUUUUAAUCGACAAGUUUGUGCCGCUGUUUUACCUCGGGAUAGCAGCUCGGGACAACUUUCUUCACCGCAGAUCUUGAAUUUGACGAGUAUUUAUAACAACCAUCAACAACCGGUGCAAGAUGCGACUCAACUUUUGUCGAUGAUAGGACUUCCUACGCAAACUCAGGAACUCGGCGUGGGACUUGUGCAAGAGGACACGCAAACUUAUAAUUUAUUACCAGAUCAGUUACUUGGUCGGACUCCAAAUGGACCUGCUUAUGAGCCCAUCAACAAACCCUCAGUCGGUAAACCUCAGGCCAAGCGGAAGCUUGAGCUGGAACCAGAGAUUAUUAGUGAUGGGUUUAAAACACCAUUAAAAAGCUGUAAAAGAAAAGGAAGGCUUCCAGUAAUAAGCCCAAAAGCUAAAUCUCCAAUAGAGAGGACGAGAUAUGACACAUCACUUGGCCUUUUGACCAAAAAAUUUGUAGGGUUGUUGAAAAGUGCUCCCGAAGGGGUGUUAGAUCUUAACAAGGCUGCUGAGUAUUUAGAUGUACAGAAGAGAAGAAUAUAUGACAUCACAAAUGUGCUAGAAGGAAUUAAUUUAAUCCAGAAAAAAUCCAAAAAUAAUAUACAGUGGAAAGGCUCAUCUGCUUCCAUUGCUGCUAAUCCAACAAGUGCUAAUGCUGCUUCAGAAUUUGAGCAACUACAGAGAGAAUUAAGCUAUCUUGAUAACAAAGAGAACAUCCUGGAUCAGCUGGUGGAACAUUCUACGAAACAGUUGAAACAUUUGACGGAAAACCAGGAAAACUCAAAGUUAGCUUAUGUCACAUAUCAAGACAUUCGUAGUAUACAGUCAUUUGAAGAGCAGACAGUGAUUGCAAUCAAAGCUCCACCAGAGACAAGACUAGAGGUUCCAGACCCAUCACAGAGCAUUCAGAUCUGGCUGAAGAGUCACAAAGGCCCUGUAGAAGUGUACUUGUGUCCUGAGGAGGCUCCAGAAGGGGCGGCCACGCAUGACAGCAGCACAAGCGAGGAGGAGGAGAGCUCCACAUCAUUCUCAGAGGACUCCUGCUCCAAUGACAGCUUCAAAGGUGGAGCUGCAAAGUCAGCGCUUCUGAUGGACCAGGACAUUUUACCUGACACAGAACAAUUAAAUCUGACACAGACAGAGGACCAGAACCUAGAUGCACUGGUGGCCCUCGAGCCGCCCAUCAACGUGGAGGAUUAUAUCUUCAGUUUAGAAGAAGGGGAGGGAAUCGCAGAUCUGUUUGAUGCGUAUGACAUGCAGUUUUAGGCUUACAUAGACAUAGAGAAUUUGGCAUCUUGGGGAAAAUCUAUGCCAGUUGUCUGACUUGAUUCACCAAACAUUAAUGAUGUCCAGGUGAUAAAGACUGAGGUUUUUACUGCUCUCAAAACUGCUGUUUUACAUUGUAAGUUUAUAUUUACAUGCAGGGUCUUUAGGAUCGAUUAAUAUGUGAGCAAUGUUGGCCAAUUAUAUUCAAGAUAAUGGGUGUUAAGGAGUGAAAAUAUUCCCUUUUACAUGGUCUUGUUUAAGCAUAGUUCAUGGGGUGAACUGAUAGGCUAUAAAAAAGCCGCUGUAGUAAUCAAUAAUUAUACUAAUUAAGUUAAUAAUUUAAUGAUACAAAAGUGUUGUUUUGUCAUUAUCACCAUUAUCACCAUAAAGAACUUUAUGUAAUUUCAUGUCUUGCUGGAAAUGUAAUUGUAAUACUGUUAAUUCACACAGAAAUAGUAAAAUAAAAAAUCUGCUAAGAAUUUUAUAAAUUUCACAGUUUACAAGUUUGUAGAUACAACCAUUGGCAGCAUCAGUUUUUUAUGUACUUUAAUUCGAAAUAGGGGUAAGAAGGUAUAAUUAUCUGUGUUGGACUAACUUCUGAGCACCUAAAUUUCAUAAU